UGCGCAGCUCACACGUCUUGGUCAAUGUUUUUGUUUUAACUAACGCUGUCGUCUGGCUGUUAUCACAAAAUGGAAACGGCAGGUCUAACGAUAGCAGUUGGCGUUAUCUCGCUUCUCUUUGCCUCGGUAACGUGCACAGAGUCGUCGCCCAGGCAAUUGAAUACGGAGAAUAUCCUGAUCAACGUGACGGCGGGGACGAUUGCGGAUACACAGCUGCAGGACUCCAACAACUUACAGAUCAAUUUAAACAUAUCGGUGGGUGAAGAGCAGGUGCUUGUCAAUGACAUCCCAGUGGAGCUGUCAGGGGUCACCAGGUUCAACUGUCAAGCACUUCUCUUAGACGGCAUCAAUGGAACCAGUGACUUUGAGUCUGGGGACCUGGUGUCCACUGUCAUGCGGGUGAUGGUGAGCCAGAACCGGCUAUACAGCGACUCAGAGGAGGUGGUGGCUCUGCAGGUGUUCAGUGAAGUGAUAGAGAUGGAGGGCAAAGAGGUCCAGCAGCCUGACAUGUGUGAGGUGAAAAUCCUGAUGAGCCCAGAUUUCCAGAAGCUGGCUCAGUUUACCAACAUCUACCCCAUCGGACACAGCGAGAUCUUCAGGGUUCCCAGGGAGAACGACGUGGUUGUCACAGAUCCGCCAAAUCCCAGAAAAGACGAAGAACAGCUGAUGUCCCAGACCACCAGCCAGUACCCCCUGAAGCACACAGAGACCACGCAGGAGGAGAUCGCAGCACCGGGAAAGCUCCCGGAGACUCCGCUUCGCAUGGACCCCGACCUGCUGUACGACGUCAGAUACGAUGAUGAUUUCGAUGUCCAAGAGCCGAGCCAGCCGGACCAGAUUCAGAUGGAAAGUCCGCCCAAAGAAUCUAUAUCCUCUUACUCUGCCAUGUGUCAGUGGGUGGAGGGAGUGAGGGAGCGUCUGAGGCGCUUCAGCUCCGAGUCGCUGCCUCUUUUCUUCCUGGUGAUGUGGGUGGUGGUGAUCGGCGUCGUCGGGUCAGCGGUCAUCGUCAAGAUCUUGGACAUGUUCUUCCCGACUUGUGAACACAAGCACAUUUUUCACGUAAACCCUGUCACUCUCAUGCCGGAGGACGAGAAGCACAUUCUGCUGGAGAGCAUAGAAUUAGAGGAAGAAGAAGAAGAAGAGAAUAAGCCUUGAAUGCGGAUUGACUUGGCCGGCUCCUUUAGCUUCAGUUUGUUCUUAUUUGUUCUUUAACCUUGGUUACUGUCUUACAUUAUCAGCAUUUGACACUAGCUUGUAUUGACAUUUGUGAAGCGGUCAGUUUUGUUUUCGCCUCGGUUAACCCCUUUAAGCACAACAGCCACGGAGCAGUGAGCAGGCCACCAAACAGACAGCUGCUUUCCUGCUAGUCCACCUCAAAUUUAGUCCCAUGAUCAAAAUGGCAAAGAAAGUGAGCGAUUCAUAGCGCUGAUGUUGUGAUGUCAGCCGUGGAGCGUGGUUGAGGCGGCGACAUUGCCGGUCACCAAAGUUGCAGUCCACGUGAUGCGAAUGUCGCCCAUGUGUGAUUGGUCAGAUUGCCACAAAUGACUCUACUUCGUUAUUUUCACUUUAAAGUAACAAGUUACUUUUUACUAGAAAUGACCUAAUUCAGUACGUGUGCUUCACCCACUUCCGAAACAUGCCGAAGCAACGUGGCUCACUCCAAAUCUGUCUUCAUUAUCGUAUAAAAUGUAACACAAGAAGCCGGUUUCAUAAAUGUCGCUGAAGGCUUUGAACUUAAAGGAAUAGUUCAACAAUUUAGAGAGACAUCCUAAAAAGUGCUCAGAAACAUCAAUGGCAGGCUUACAGGACACCGAAGACAUACACAGGUAUGAGAACUGUAGGUUCAACAAAUGAAUACGAACAAACUGGACAGUUCAGGGGCUGCACCCAACCAUUUCAAGUCUUUGUGUUCACUGAAAAGACGUUCUAGAUGUAGCAGCUCUGUACAGGUCACACUUUAUUCUCACACUAGGCUUUUUCUCCAAAAAAUACACCCCACUGCUGAAUGUGAAGAAAACUAAGGCAGCAGAUGCACUAGGAUGAGUUUCCUCAAUAUAUUAUUUAAUAGGAGGCAGGCGAUGCCUCCUGUCUGUCGUCCUUUUUAAGUGAAGCUAAAGAAGAAUAGACAUUACAUUUGAAUCUGUUGUUGCAGAUGGCUCAGAUGGUAAUAUUUGACCUCGAAGGAAAAAGAUGCAGCUUACUGUCUGGUUACAAAUCUCGUGUCUGCACAUUCAGUGAGGCCUCUUUUAAACCCCGAAUGUCACUACUGAAAAAACACCUCCCUUUAAGGCCUGUUUUCCACUAUUGAGGCUCAUAUAUUGAUUGUGUUUCUUCACAGUGCCUCUGUGACUAUCAGUUAAGGGGGGGGGUGCAAUUGAUUGAUUUGAUGUGUGGUUUCCCGUUACUAAUAAUGGAGAGGGGAGCUGAGGUUAUUCAGAUUGUCUAUGCACUCUAAGUGCUGAAACCGAUGUAAAACAGUGUGUGCACAAGACAUCACUGCAAAUUCAGUGUGUAAAUUAUUGUUAAAGGAUUUGAAUCUGCACUUAGUUUUGACUUUUGGAGUGAAAACUGGAAUUGACUCUGCAUGGAUGGUUUUUAUUUUUGUGUUUUUGUUGGAGAUUAUGGGCAAAAAUGACGUGUGAGGGACCAUGGAGGUGGGCACAAGGCUGAUUAUUGGUUGAAAAAGUGGGUUUAAUUAAUCCAAAACUCCAAGUGUUUCAACAUGGUUUUUGUGUUGUUUUAUUUUUUAAUUUAUUUUUGUCAUUAUUUUCUUUAUAAACACCUGUAAAACAUCAGCUAGUACAGAAGAGUAUUAGGGCAAAGCAUUAAGGGAAAACAUAUUUUUGUUAUUUCCAGAAUAAAGUUACUAUUUUGAUUUAUUCUCAAAAGUUAAAUUGUUAUGCUUGAUAUUUCAACCUAAUCAUCAAAAUGGUAUUUAGACUUUAUUUUCAAUAUUCCAACUUUAUUCUUAACAUUUAGACUUUAUUCGCAAAAUGCAAAAAAGACAAAAGUCCCCCCCCCCCCUUUAUACCUGGCCCUAAUACUCCUCCGUAGCUUGUGUACCUCCCUAAGGUUGUGAUAUUGUCUCCCCGGAGCAGAAUGCAUGAUGUACUGCGUUAGCAAAAAGGUGCAUGUGUAGUCUAGCUAGUGAAUGCAGUUUGCUGUUCUAUCAGCAAGUUCGACAGCAAAGCUAAGAAGCUGCAUGACGACUCAAAACAGCUCGACCCGUCUUUGGGUUCAGCCUCAAAUUCCAAAUAGAUUAACUCAAGACAAACAAGUGCUGUUGGUGAAGCUAAAUUAGCCUUCAAGGCAAACGAUGUCAGGCAUGAAUAACAAAAAUACAGUUUGAUUUGCUCUUUGUUUAAAUGGGGGUAGACCCCAAUGUGUUACUGUUUUGAGACAUUUGUGUGCAUACAUUGUAUGAAUUACAGCUGGACUGUGUAUUUGGGUCUAUAAUCCUGCUGAUUAAAUGCUUUCCUUAUGACCAUCAA